GAGCCGUCCUCCCCUUGCUCCGGGGCAUCCGGCACCCCCCUGGGAGGAAACAGCCAGGCUGGGCGGGGUUGGCUGGAGGCCCCUGGGCCAGGGUGCUCCAGGGUGCAACCUGAUCAGGGCCUAUCGCAGUGGGCUCUGUCCCAGGCCAGCAGGCCAGCGCCCCAGGGCGUCUUGGGGGCAUAAAGGUGCAGCGGGAGAGGCCACCCCAACUCCCCUGCCCGCCCCGGAGCCUGUGUGGUCGCCGAGAGACACCGUCCACGAUGCUGCGGACGCUGCUGGUCGGCCUGGCCCUCGCCCUGCUGGCCGCGCCCCCAGGCCAGGCCCAGGUCCCCAUCCAGGCCAACUUCGACGCCAGCCAGUUCCAGGGCACCUGGUACGUGGUUGCGAUGGCGUCGGACGACCAGGUCUUCCAGGACUCCAAGGACAACAUGAAGAUGUCCGUGGUCUUAGUGACCCCCGUGGCCAACGGCGAUCUGGGCCUCAAGUUUGGGUACCCUACGCCUGACGGCGGAUGCCAGACGAUGGACGUCCUCUUCACCAAGGGUGCCCUGGACGGGCAGUUCAGCAACGCAGCCAUGGCCCAGACCGACAUCCGGGUGGUUUUCACCGACUACAAGCACUUCGCCGUGUUGUACUUGGAGACGCAGAAGGGGGACGUGAGGAACGUCUGGCUGCAGCUCUACGCCCGGGCCCCAGAGCUCUUUCCUGAAGGAGCCCAGAAGAUGCAGCAGCUGGCGCCCCAGGUGGGCCUGAACCCCAGCGAGGGCGCCCUGCUGCCCCAGUCGGACCAGUGCGCUGGCGCCCUCUCCUAGCGAAGGACCCAGCCCAGGAGUCGGAGCAGGGGGCCGUGAUGCCACCAGCUCC